AUGAGUUAUAAACUUGCGGUGAAAGGCUCAGAAACCAAGCGCCCGACGUUUAUUGACCCCGGUGAAGUCAAUUUAACGGCACACUGCGGAAGAUACGUCGACAACCCAGGCGGACCAGGUUUUGGGAAAUGUGUCAAGUACUGCAACAAUGAUGUGGAUUGUGUGGCAAUAAGAUACAAUAGCAGCGGUUGUUACGCUUACAAAGUUCUAACCGUUAACAACGAUAUACUUACUGAGCCACUGUAUGUGAAGGAUAAGGAUGGAACUAUGAGCGCAGAAAAGUGCGCCAGUCAGAGUGCUGUUGACAGUCUGGGUAAUUAUAAUCUACAAAUACAAAUUGUUCAUUGCUGA